GGCCCCUCUCUUCCCUGAGCUCCCUACCUAAAUAGCGGUCUUCACUACUCUCUAUUCUCCUACGCUGCCUCAUUUUUCUUCAUAGCACUGACCACUUCAUGUACUUCUACUUUUCUACUUGUCUAUCUUCUCUCCUUCCUUACGCCAUGAGAACGGGGACUGUUCUGUUCAUUGUUAUAUCCCCAGUGCCUAGAGGAGCACCUGGCACAUUGUAGGCGUGUAAUAAAUACUUGUUGAAUGAAUGGAUGGAUGGAUGGGUGAACAAAUUAUCUCCUAAACUAGGUUCUAAGCGCCUUAAGGGAAGGCGCCCCCAUUUUAUCAUCUUUGUGCCCUAAUGUGAACACUUGUGAAUAUUGACAAAUUAUGUACAAUGAUUGAAACAACUGUAAGUCUCUUGUAGAAGCCAAUUUAGCCAAACAUGGUGGAAUAGGGACUGGGAACAUGAAAUUCAAGAGAGCAGAGUUCCCAACCAGGCUGUGACUAAGGAGCUGUGUGGUCCGGGAGAAAGAGUCUCUAUGGGCCUCCAUUUUUUCAUUUGUAAAGGCAAGGUUUGGCCUAGAUUUUGAAAUCCCUUUUAGCCUUGACAUUCUGUGGUUGUAAGUUUAGAGUAAUUGCACAGUCAUUUGGCAAAUAUUUACUGAACCUUAUAAGUUCCAGGCACUAAUUGAAAACACAGGACCCCAAUCUCAAGAGCUCCCAGAUUGAAAGAGCAAAAUAAAGUAGUGUCAGCUGGGCUGCAAUAAAAGCUGAGUCUUAAAGAGGCAGAAGCAUGCCCUGGAGUCAAGCCUGGGAAGGGCAUCUACUAAAGAAAUGGCUGUGCAAAUGCAGGAGGCAUGGAGACAAGAGAUAUUUGUAACCAGAACAUAAUUUUACACGAAGAAUUGUUUGAGACAAAUGGUCUUUGGGUGCUUAGAGUAUAUCCUGCUUCCAACAAAGCUAAAGUCUAUUUCAGCCAGGAAAACAUUCACAACUGGAAAACAGCCAGAUCAGGCAUGCCUGCAACCUAAACUGUUCAAGUUUAGGAAACGACCCAGCAAGUCCUCUCAUUACUUCCUGUGAGAUCUGACUUUUCCCCCAUCGAACUGUGGUGGCUCCCAGGCCACCUCACACCGUUUCUACUUGCCCAGUUCAGGAUAGGCCCAAAGCUGGCACAAAGAUGGACAAAUCAAUUGCUGCCUGGGGGGAUCUGGUGAGAGGAGGGCAAGCACUAACCGCAGGUCAGGCGCCGAACAAGGCCAAGGCCGUUGCCCCAGGCAUGACCCUCCUGGUGGAAAUACACUUGUUACCAGGCUGGAGUGCGAGAGACGCUGAAAUUUGCUCUCCUCUCAUUGGUCGGCAGAGCAGCACCUUCGGGGAACCCUUGUUACCAGACAAGAGAACGAGAGCCCAUUGGUCAGGCCACCUCACAAUGGCCCAGCAGCGCGCAGGGUUCUGCCGAUUGGUUCGCUUCGACCCCGGCAGGCAGCUUGCGCUCUGGAACGAGCUCAGCCACGCAGACCCCUGUUCCCAUUGGCUGUUCUGGUGGCCACCGUCUUCUAGUGAGCAGAGGGGCGAGGAGCAUCCGAGCGCGUGCUCCCUGCGGCGGGAUCUAGGCCCGCAGACGCGAGACCCGGUGAGACGGCGGCUGCCCUAGCUGAGAGCAAAGGCUCCAGAGCCCGGCAUCUCCGCGGAGGGCAGCCGUUCCUCGGGACCUCUGCAUCUCCAACCUGCUCGGGUAAGUUCCACGCACCCACGUGGCGUGCGAACCCUUCAGGGCUGAUGGAGGGAGCAUCCCUGUAUAUCUAGCCUGCGUUUCCUUUUACUUGUCCCCUUAGUCGUUUAUUCAUCACGUGUUUAUCGGUUCAUUUAUUUGGCAUUCUGGGUCCAUCCGCUGACCCACCUAUCCAAAUCCUUACUUUUCUCCUACGGUGCUGGGAAAUCCCGUGCCCUAAAGAAUUCAGACUGAGAUCAGAAGAGAGGAGUGGUAGAGACAAGAGGGUGAAACCCCGGAGGGGCGAUGUUCUACUAUCCCAAUGUGCUUCAGCGCCACACCGGCUGCUUCUCCACUAUCUGGCUGGCAGCAACGCGUGGCAGCCGGUUGGUGAAGCGUGAAUAUCUGAAGGUGAAUGUGGUAAAGACCUGCGAGGAAAUCCUCAGUUAUGUGCUGGUACAAGUGGAACCCCCACAACCCGGCCUGCCGCGGCCCCGCUUCUCCCUCUAUCUCUCAGCCCAGCUCCAGAUCGGCGUGAUCCGGGUCUACUCACAACAAUGCCAGUACCUCGUAGAGGACAUCCAGCACAUCCUGGAGCGCCUGCACCGUGCCCAGUUGCAGAUCCGCAUAGAUAUGGUGGAGACUGAACUACCCAGCCUGCUGCUUCCUAACUGCCUGGCCAUGAUGGAGACCCUGGAAGAUGCCCCAGAUCCCUUUUUUGGGAUGAUGUCUGUAGACCCCAGACUUCCAAGCCCCUUCGAUAUACCUCAGAUUAGACAACUUUUGGAGGCUGUGACCCCAGAGAGAGUUCCUGAGGAGAUCCCUUCUGAAGUCCCUACAGAGCCUGGGAAGCCAGACAGGCCCCUGGUCACUGUGCUGUCUCCCGAAGCCAUCACACUCCAGGAGGCAGAGCCCAUACGCAUGCUGCAGAUAGUUGGUGAACGGGACCUCCCAGAGGUUAGCCGUCGAGAAUUGGACCUGCUAAUUGCUGAGGAAGAUGAAGCUAUCUUGUUGGAGGAACAAGGCAGGCCUCCCCGGGCCCCAGAAGUGGAAGCUAUACCACUUCCAGGCCAGGUCCUGGUCCCAGAGGAAGUGAAGCCAGCAGUCUGGGAGCCUGAGGCCCUACUCGCUGAGGUGACGCCCCCACCACCGCAGGAGCUGCAGCUCCCAGCCCCACUCAGCCCAGAGAGGAGGCCUCCAACCUCCCCACCUGCUCGCCGCCUCCGUCGCCGCCGCCAGUUAUUGUUCUGGGACAAAGAGACUCAGAUUUCCCGAGAGAAUUUCCAGAAACAACUGCAAACCAGAGCUCACUGCUGGGAGUGUCCAAUGGUGCAGCCCCCUGAAAGGACCAUCAGAAGCCCCACGGAGCUGUUCCGAACCUCAACUUACUCUGGCUGGCUACCCCCAGAACUGCUGGCUUUCUGGACCCGUUGUGCUCAGCCGCCCCCUAAAGCACUCAGGCGAAUGCCGGCCCUGGAGCCUGAAGAGGUGGCAGCUGAGAGGGAGGCAGCCGCUGAGGAAGAAAGGAGAAAGGCUGAAACUCUGAGUGAUAUUGAGGUCCUGAGGGAGGCCCAGGAGCCCAGUGGGCCCCUUAUGCUGUCUUCAGAGCUCUCCAUAGAAACAGCUGAGGAGGAGAAGUCUCGCAUCAGCCUCAUCCCUCCGGAAGAGCGGUGGGCCUGGGCUGAGGCAGAGCAGCCAGAGCCCCCUGCAUUGCCUGUGGUGCCUGAACUCCCUGAGGUGCCCAUGGAGAUGCCUUUGGAGCUGCCUCCGGAGGCCGAGCUGCUCUCACUUGAGGCUGUGCACAGAGCAGUGGCACUGGAGUUGCAGGCCAACAGGGAGCCAGAUUUCAGCAGCCUGGUGUCACCUCUCAGCCCUCGCAGGAUGGCCGCCCGGGUCUUCUACCUGCUCUUGGUGCUCGCAGCCCAGCAGAUCCUUCGCUUGGAACAAGAGAAGCCAUAUGGGCGCCUUCUGAUCCAGCCAGGGCCCCGAUUCCACUGUGGUUAG